AUGGUUUUAUACACUUCCCCAUUUCCCAACAGCUUUCUGUCAGUUCUGCAUUCUUUUUCCUGGGGCCUGAUUUUCCCAUGUUACUGGUUAGCAGAUAGGCUUGUGGCCUCUUUUGUUCCAACCACCUAUGAAAAACGUCAAAGAGCGGAUGAUCCAUGCUAUUUUCAUGCCCUCUGCAUCAUUAUUACCACUCCCAUCUACUUGGCACUGUUGGUAGCCUCUCUUCCUUUUGCUCUGAUUGGCUUCUUGUUAUGGUCCCCGCUCCAGUCAGCCAGAAGGCCAUAUAUCUACUCCAGACUAGAAGACAAGAACCAUGCCAAUGGAGCCACACUGCUCACUGAAUGGAAGGCUGCAGGGAAUGGGAAGAGCUUCUGCUUCGGCAGUGCCAAUGUUUGCCUGCUGCCAGAUUCUCUGGCAAGAUUUAAUAAUGUUUUCAAUACACAGGCUAGGGCUAAAGAGAUUGGCCGGAGGAUCCGAAAUGGGGCGAGCAGACCACAGAUCAAAAUAUACAUAGAUUCUCCUACCAACACUUCCAUCAGUGCAGCAAGUUUUAGCAGCUUGGUCUCCCCCCAGGGUGGAGAUAGCACUAAUCAUACUGUUAAUUCUGGCAUCAAAAGGACAACAUUGAUGGAGUAUAAAGGAGACAAUUCUGGCUCAAACAAAGGUGAAGAUAGUAGAGAAGAUAAGGGUAGAACCAGAGAGCCAAAUGAGGGAGAAGAAAACUCUUGCAUUGUCCGCAUAAACGGAGAGGAUAAUGGCCACAUGUCAGAUACAGAAACAGAUGCCAUCAAUAGCCAGGCUCAUGCCAGCAGCCCAGCAGAGCCCUCACUGGAAGGUGAUGCAGAGAUCUCAAAAACACCUAACCACAAACAGAAGGAAGGAGAUUCUGGGAGUUUAGACAGCUGCUCUGCGUCACAAGAAUCCUUAGUUAAAGUUCAUGUUGGAGAUGGUACAGUGGACCAAAGCACUGUCAAAAACAAGCUCCUCUACAAAGCUUCAAUCAUGAAGAAAACUUCAGUGCGGAAAAAUAAACAUACAGAUGAGACCUUUGAUCAUGAGAUCUCUGCUUUCUUCCCUGCCAACUUGGACUUUCUGUGUUUGCAGGAAGUGUUUGACAAAAGAGCUGCAGAGAAAUUGAAAGAGCAGCUUCAUCACUAUUUUGAAUACAUUGUCUAUGAUGUCGGGGUCUACAGUUGCCACAGCUGCUGUAGCUUUAAGUUUGUGAACAGUGGUCUACUUUUUGCCAGCCGCUAUCCUGUUAUGGAUGCUGCCUAUCACUGUUACCCCAAUGGAAGAGGGACAGACUCCUUGGCUUCCAAGGGAGCCUUGUUUCUCAAGGUGCAAGUGGGAAGUACACCUCAGGACCAAAGAAUUGUGGGAUACAUUUCCUGCACUCACUUGCAAGCUAUUGCAGGAGAUACUACUGUUCAAUGUGAGCAACUGGAUAUGCUUCAAGAUUGGCUGUCUGAAUUCAGAAAAUCUACCUCCUCCUCCAGUACAGGCAAUCCAGAGGAGCUGGUGGCUUUUGAUGUCAUCUGUGGAGAUCUCAACUUCGAUAACUGCUCCUCUGAGGACAAGCUGGAGCAACAACAUUCUCUGUUCAUACACUACAAAGACCCAUGCCGAAUUGGUCCUGGGGAGGAUAAACCAUGGGCAAUCGGUACCUUGUUGGAUCCUGAAGGACUGUAUGAUGAAGAAGUGUGCACUCCAGAUAACCUACAGAAGGUGCUGGAAAGUGAAGAAGGAAGGAAAGGAUACUUGGUCUACCCCACCAGCAAGAACUACAGUUCCAGUCAGAAGGGGAGGAAGGCAUCCUUGAAAGGAAACGGGAGGAGGAUUGACUACAUGCUCUAUACAGAAGAAGGUCUCUACCUGGAAUGGAAAGUGGAAGUGGAAGAGUUCAGCUUUAUUACCCAGUUAGCAAGCUUGACAGACCACCUACCAGUAGCAAUGCGUCUCAUGGUUUCUACAGGAGAUGAUGACCCUUAA